AUGCAGCCAUUGUUGCCAUGCAGUGGCAGCUCUUCUCCGAUACAUGCGCUGAUUUCGACUUCAUUGCAGUUGGCCAAUGGCUUGUCUAUGCCCACUAUUCAUCUUGGGGUUUAUUUGACCACGGGAAAGGAAACGUACCAGUCGGUACGAUGGGCUCUGGAGGCGGGAUAUCGAGGCAUCGACUCUGCUCAGAUGUACCACAAUGAGAAGGAGUCUGGGCAAGCCAUACUCGAUUUUCUUUCGGGCGACACCAACACCGAGUCGCUCAAAAGGGAAGAUAUCCACUUCACCUCCAAGCUGGCCUCCAACUCGUCCUACGAUGCCGCCCGAAAAGCAAUCAGAUUGUCUGUGAAGCAGUGCGGGCUAGGCUACAUUGACCUGUUCCUCCUCCAUUCCCCAUAUGGUGGCAAGAAGGCGCGUCUGGAGAGCUGGAGAGCAGUCGAGGACGCCAUUGAGGACGGUGAGAUCCGAAUCGGUGGUGUGUCCAAUUACGGAGUCAAGCAUGUCAGUGUCUCCCCUCGUUGGCGUGCGCAUAUACCCGCAACGCAGUACAGCCUUAACCGUGGGAUCUGUGAGCGCAGUGCAUGCAUACACGGUGCAUACCUACAAGAGCUUCUUGACUCCAAACCGAGGGUACAGCCCGCCGUCAAUCAGAUCGAAGUGCAUCCGUUCAACACGCGCAAGGACAUUACGUCCUACUGCCAGGAUCACAACAUUGUGGUGGAAGCGUAUGCGCCUCUGGCCCGAGCCUUGCGCAUGAAGCACCCGACGAUAGUGUCGUUGGCCCAAAAGUACUCGUGCACACCGGGCCAAUUGCUUAUUCGAUGGUCUCUGCAGCAUGGGUUUGUACCCUUGCCCAAGAGUGUCAGGAAGGCUCGGAUUACAGAAAACGCUGAGAUUGGGGGGUUUGCGCUGGAAGACGGCGACGUGGAAACAAUGGAUGGGCUUGACGAAUAUCUGGUCACGGGUGAGUAG